AUGUUCAAUAAACGACUAAUGUGGCACUUAAAAACAUCUAAUCUACUAACCAAGGAACAAUGUGGCUUCUGCAAAAACUAUUCUACCAUUGACGCACUCUUCACUCUCUUAACCGAUAUUUGUAAUACGAAAAAUCAAAAACAACAUAUUAUACUUAUAUCCCUGGAUUUAGAAAAAGCAUAUGAUAUGGUAUGGAGAACUAGAGUCCUCAAACUCAUACAAAAUAGUGGCAUAAACGGUAAAAUGUUCCUAUUCUUGCAAAAUUUCAUAAAAACCCGAACAAUUCAAGUCAGAGCUCACGCAGAACUAUUAAAAAUCCACCAAAUAGAAAACGGACUCCCUCAAGGAUGA